CAUAUAUAGUUAUAAUGAGUGAUCUUCAAAUCGUGCCGGUGUACAACAAGGUGGAAGCACAGUAUGUAGAAAUGAUGGUGCCUUUGUAUUCUUACGGCUGCGAGAAGAAAGUGAAGAGGGCUCUUUCUCAUCUCAAAGGAAUAUAUUCGGUGAAAGUAGACUACUACAAUCAGAAGGUGACGGUGUGGGGGAUUUGUAACAAGCUUGAUGUGUUAGCGACGGUGAAAAAGAAGCGAAAAGAAGCUCGGUUUUGGAAUAUUGCAGAGGACAAGAAUGAUGAUGAUCAAGAGAGUGUUGAUGAUGGCAUCGCCGUCAAAGACGAAGACGCUACGAUUACGAAAACUUCAUCAGAAAAGUCAUCGGCGUUUUAUACGUAUUCCACGUCCCCUUCGAGAUUCAGUAUAAGACCUCCUUUGUCACUCAUUAGAACUUCUUCCUUCACUUGGAAAGCCGUGAAGAAGGUCUUCACUAGAUCCCUCUCCUUUUGAAUCACGUCUUAUAUAUAUGUGAUCCUAAUAAUGCUCCAAGAAAUCACUUGAUCACUCUCUCGUUGAAUCUCUUCUAAUAUAGUACAAAAGUUUCUAGUUAAUGGUCACCGCUUUGUUUGUCUAUAUAUUUCAAAGAGUUAUAUUUUCUCUGGUAAAAUCUUUCUUGAGACACGUGUAAUCAGUUGUAUGACGCCUAUAAACUCUGAGAGUUAGUUAAGAUCUUGGAUCCGGAACAACAAAAUGUUGGCCGCCUAGUGAAAAAAAGGGUCCAAAUGAUGAACUAAUAUAUCCACUCUCUUGAUGACAAAA